GCAGUUCCCAGGAUUUUAGUUGUGGUCCACAACAACAACGUGUUCACAGCAUCUUUUUUUCCUAAACUGCUAAAUAGCAAACGCAAAGCGCACACUGCUCGUGGUCUAGUCUAGUAAUCUUUACGACACAACAGAAAAUGUCCGCACCAGGAACAGGUACCAUCAGCAUGGGAAAGGCAAGCAAAGCGACGCGGCAGGGAGCAGCGGUGGGCGCCCCGCUUGUGACCAGCGGACCGGCCGCCGCCCCCCCCCCCACGCCCCGAUCGACAACAAAGCCUUUGCUCCUACCGGAAAAGGCGGGUCGGCUGCGUCGCGCGAGCGGGACUACUGUGCGGGGGAAGUCGCCGCCGACUGUCCGCCCGUGUUCGGUCCGCAAGGGGAUGUUGAAAGCGGAUUUUUGGACAACAGCGACAAGGAUCACGACGACGAAGACGAUCAUGUCUCUGCCGCCACCGGCAUCAAGGAUCAUGCUGCAAAGCUACCGGGGGCGGACGCCGCGCGCUCUACCUUCGUGUCUUACGAGACCUUCCCGGCGAAACAGAUGCCGGACGGCAAAAAACUCUCACAGCCGGCGUUGGCGAAGGCUUCGUCUACUGCAGCGGGGCGAGCGGUCGUCGCUGGUGGCUUGUGCUCUCGUGCUUUCCUGUGGACGUCCUGCGCCCUCAUGGGUUUGUUCUUGUUCUUGACGAUCUUCGGCUGGGACACUGCGGGUACUUAUCUGUUAUUUAUAUGAGGUUCAAUUUCAAAUCAAUUAUCAUAUGUAUCACGUAUCAGAGUCAGACUCAUGAAGGACGAUGAAGAGUCUCUUCGAAAUAUUUAUUUUCUCCCACAGGGUUGGGAGAGCGAAUGCAAGGAAGGAAAAGCUUAAUGUACUGGAUCUGCGUGUGCUUUUAAGCCUGGGCAUACAAGACCAAGAGUACUUCUACUUGCAUUCGCGCUUGAACUUCUUCAAGGAACUCGCGAAAAGAAACACGGAAUCAAUGGGAGGUGGAUGUCAGCGCAUUUAUUAUUAUGAAAAGGAAAAUCAAUAGUAAUAAAAGCAUGUGAAGAGAAUGAGAAAAUGAAAAACUAAUCACAACAGUUGAUGCGUGCUUCCUCCUGCAGGCUACGGUCUUGGCCGGUACCUCGACGACGAACGUUGCGACGUUGCUCCUGACGCCGCACGACGAGGGACCGCCGGCGUCGGGAAAGAAUUCCUCCGUUAUCAAAUGCGAAGAUGUCUGAGUGUGCUGGAAGGUAACUAGAAAGACAAACAACAGACGCUUGUACUAGUCAUGUAGGUUUUGCUCCUGCAGCAAGUUCAAGAGUGAAGUCUGGAACGCAGACAGAGCAUGACAAAUUUCGCGCAGGCUUGUCCGUGAUUAUGCUUACUCGGUUGGAGAAAUCGCCUCUCGCCGGGAAACAAAAUUUUUUGAUACCUACGCAGAACAGAGUUUCUAAUCUGCCUGUCCCUGUUACAGGGUCCGCAUCUACUUGGGUACUUAUUGCGUCCUACUUUCUCUACCAGAACCAGACAUAUUUGCCACUCAUGAACGUGCAAAUGGAACAAUGGGCAGCUACAUUGCGGGGGAAAGGGGGUGGAGCUACUACAUCCCCAGAAGAGGCGGGAGCCGCGAACGCAACCGCUGUCGUGUCGCCGUCGUCGUCCUUCAUUUUUGCGGGAGAAAAGCAAUCGGCUUCUCAUUCCGUGGCACAAAGCGUGGUGUUCGGCGAAGAACUUUGCAAAUCGCGCGGUCGCGACGCGAUCAACCAAUGGCGUCAAGAGACUUUGUCGUGGAUGAACCAGUUCCGGUUCCCGUUUAUGAACAGGUUGGCUCGUUUGAAUUACGACCAACAUCCAAUGGAAUCGAAGAAUUUGCAAGACGCGAAAACAGCCUGCGAAAACGACCCGCUGUAUGCAUCGAAUAAAGUAUAUCUGGGCCUGGGAAAUUCUUGCAGAAGAACAUUUGUCAUUGUCAUUCCUGUUCACUGACACGACCCUGAAGCUGAGCUUUCUUGUAAUGCGUGUGCAUAGUCAUGCAAGAGCGGACUUUUUCGUACGAGAUACGGAAAAUGUGGCCGCUCGAAAACUUCUGAUGCGUCUUUGCUCUCUAGGCUUUUGAUAGCAGCGUGCGCCUUCUUCCUCAAGAACUUGCGUUUCAACUUUCCAGACCUAGACAUAUUUGUAUUUGAUGCCUUAAAGGUUGGUGAUUUCGAGAUUGGACACUGCACUUUUUACCAACCUUACCGUGAGCUUUUCGAGUAUGAUGACCCCAUGUGUGUCAUGGCCCGGGACGAGUUCGACGACGACGGCAGAUACGACGGGACCAACCCCGACCAGGGGAAGCAACCUACCCCGGCGCAGUGUUUGGCGAUCACCUUCAAAGGAGCUGUUACCACCUAUGGAGCUAACGUACGCUGCAAGAUGGGUGAUGAUUUGCGUGAAGAUUCCGAUGCAUGGGUGCCUUAUAACAAGAUUCCGGAAACCUGCGAGUGGCAGGAUGUGUCGGUCAAGGUUCCCGGAGGAGGCGGUGAUGGUGAAGAAGAAACCUGCGUGACCGAGGUUACUGGUACUCCUGGGUUUCUUGGAGGUUUUGUUCGACCUCGCGGAUGCUGCGUCCCGAAAGGCAGCAAAGAAAAGAAGAUUCGCUGGAAGCUCGAACGAAUGAUUCGCACCAGCGCACAAAGUUCGUCAAUGGGCCCGGAGACUGGACUACAUGCAACAAUCUUUCACGAUGAAGACUGAGGCCUGUAGCUGAGUGCAAUUACGUAAGCGCUUCAAUAGAGAAUGAAUAGUAUGAAACUUUAAGUGCUUUACGCUAGUACAACUCGUCUUUACUGAAGCCGCAACGAAAAGCUUUUUUCCAUUUAGUUUUUUCAUUUGAUUUCUUUCCUUCUUUUUUGUUUUUCUUCAUUUAUGAAGCCUUGACAUUCACUCGGUCUUACAUGGGUCCUUUGCGGCUAUCGUCGCGCGAAUUUCUACGCAUACUUUAUCGGGAAGUGCAGCGGGACGUAAUAUGAGCGAGACCCUGGCUUGUUUUUUUAUUUUUUGUCGCAACAAGAACAACACAAACAAAAACUGUUACAGUUAGAAACUCAUUGAGAUUGAUAUUGUCGGGCGUAUCAUCUGCAAACUCACGCACCCAGAGAAGAUCUUCAUCUUUUCACGACUAGAACAGCAAUAGAACUCAAGCUCUUCUUUAUUAAAAAAAACCCUAGUAUAUAUUAUGAUGCAGGUGUGUUCACUCCCUCGAUAUGAUACUUCUGGUGGAUUGCUCUUUUUGUUUUGCUACCUUGCCUUCAUCUUUACAGCUACAGCAACCAUUCAAUUUCAAAAGAUUAAGAUUUAUACUUCUAUUUUUCAGCAAGCAUCCUGAUCCUUUCGAACUCAAACCACUCGAACCACUUUUCAGCUAAUUGCACGAAAUCGCGUCUAUGUGCAUAGUUAGCGGCUAGGUGCAGCAGCAACAGAACGCAAUACCAUGCAUGCCUUUCUUUUCCGUCGCAACAAAAACAUAUAGAAAUAAAACAUAAAAAAUAUUGCAUUAUGUGUCAUCACCAAGCGCAAGCACAAAUUACCCUGGAAGUAAGAAUAUCAGUCAUGUUUUCUGUUUUCAAGUUCCAUUGCAACAGUCUUGCCAGCGUUCGCUUGAUUUUCGGCUCUCCCCUGUAGAAGUCGAAAUCUCUUGCGUUCCGAAAACAGCAGCCCUGUAGCCAAUUUCAAAAAAAUUACUUUCUCCCACUACAUGCGAAGCACUCCACCUGCAAAGCCACUCAAAUAUUAUAUAUCUUCGCAUACAGUAAACCAAGUAGAACUAACCUACGACCGUCGCGAUGUUCUCUAGUAAAGACGGAGAAGCGAAAAGACUCCUCUGUGUGUUUUUGAAGCCUCCACAGCGUUUCGUUUUAUCAACCCCCAUGAUUCCCACAUUGUAGCCCAAUAUUGGAGCGCCGCCUGCUUCUUUUUUUCAUCCGACUGCAUCCAUUUCUUAGCAUUUAGCUUUUAUUUUAUGGGAGUUGCAGUUGGUGGGACAACGACAAAGAUAAACUAAGUAGCCCCAUUUAUGAAUGUAAAUGUUUGCCGGUCGGGUUUUUAUUUAGAUUGCAGCGGUACAACGACGGCUCCUUCUGCGUGCCCAACCCAUACCCGGAAGCACUUUUUGUUUUUUCUAUAUCUCUAUCACUAUCUGUAGCCCCACUCGGCGGAAUGAAAAAACCCACCCCGAACGAGGAAAGACGUAAAAAAAAGCGUUAUAACAGCGCCAGGGCGCUCGUUCAAAACUAUUAACCCCCAUUUUACUUUUAGCAGGUGUUGUGAAGUCGAGCAGGUAAAACAUAAGAAGAGAGGCAGAACAGUUCGACAACAAUUAUCCGCAAAGCAGUUUUUUCGACGUCCCUUUCGAUCCCCACACGAUGAAAGCCAGGAAGCACUAGCACUUUCGCGCGACUAGACCUUCCGAGACAGGGGGGAUACUAUUGCUGCUCAGGAGCCACCGCAAAGUGGAUGCUUAUAAACGGUUUUCGAAUAGUUUUACCCGACCCGUCCCCGAAAAAAUAUUCUCGAAUAAAGGUG